AUGGCGGAGCACGAGCAGGGCUGUGAGAAGGGAGGGGGACCAAAAAAGAUGAAUCAAGAUAAGGGGUCGGACAGUAGCAGGGUUCAAGCAGCAGCCCCCAAGGAGCCAGACAUGAAACUAAACAAUCAACAGAAAACGAAUGAAAGUGACACCAAUGAAAAUCCACUACAGGUUCUAUCGAAAACCGACGGUUUUCUGGUCCCAGAGUUCUUGGAUACAGCUCAGUCCAAAGAGAACACUGUUGUCCCCAUGGUCAGCAGCACACUCCAUAUGUCCACAGAGGAGUCUGAGGUCCCACAGCAGGUUAGUGGCACCACCAAGUUCUCAGAGAAAACCACCAGCCCCCAACAUGGAGGUAGCCACAAGUCCUCAGAAAAAACCACCCAAUUGAAGCAGGAAAGCAUGUCUAAAACCUCAGGCUACCCCAUGCAGACCAAACAUAGCAAAAUCCCUAAGUCCUUGGAAAAAACCACCCAUCCCAAACACGGACCCAUCCCCAAGCCUUCAGCAAACACCAUCCAAGCUAAGGAGGCCAAGAUGCUCAAGUCAUCUGAGGACACCAUCCAAUCCAAAGAAGGUGGCGUGCCCAAGCCCUCAGAAGACAUCAGGUCCAAGAAGGAUGAAAUCCCCAAGUCCUCACAGGGCACCAUCCUGUCCAAGGAGGGUAAACUCCACAAGCCCUUAAAAGACAGUGUCAUGUCCAAGGAGAGUGUAAUCCCCAAGUCCUCACAGGACACCAUCCUGUCCAAGGAGGGUAAAGCCCACAAGCCCUUAAAAGACAGUGUCAUGUCCAAGGAGAGUGUAAUCCCCAAGUCCUCACAGGACACCAUCCUGUCCAAGGAGGGUAAAGCCCACAAGCCCUUAAAAGACAGUGUCAUGUCCAAGGAGAGUGUAAUCCCCAAGUCCUCACAGGACACCAUCCUGUCCAAGGAGGGUAAAGCCCACAAGCCCUUAAAAGACAGUGCAAUGUCCAAGGAUAGAGAAAUGGCCCAGUCCUCACCGGACAGCACUCAGUCAAAGGAGGGUAACAUUAACAAAUCCUUGAGAGAUACCAUCCUGUCCAAGGAGGGAGACCUUCCCAAGUCCCUAGAGGCCACCGUCCAGUCUAAGGAAGGAGAGAUCAAGUCCCUAGAGGACACCAUCCGGUCCCAGGAAGGUGACAUUAUCGAGUCUUCAGAAGGCUUCGUGCAGCCCACCCAAAGCAAAUUAUUACAUUUUGAAGAGGCAAUGGAGUUCCUGGAGGAGGAAGACAUGGUGAGAGUGAUCAUGGGCAAGGAGGAGUUUGAGGAAGCACUCAAAGAAGCGGGUGAGAGGCUGGUGGCCGUGGACUUCUCGGCCUCUUGGUGCGGGCCCUGCAGGGUCAUCAGGCCACACUUCCAUUCACUGUCCCUAAAGUACGAGGACGUGGUGUUCCUGGAAGUGGACGCUGACGACUGCCAGCAGCUGAUACAGGACCUUGAUAUCUUAAGCCUCCCAACUUUUCAGUUUUAUAAAAAAGAAGAAAAGUUGGCUGAGUUUUCUGGCGCCCUUGUGGAAAAACUUGAAACAAGCAUUGCAGAAUUAAAGUAAUC